AUGUGGGCCAUUAUAAGCACUGUGGCCACCAGCAAUUCCACUGAGGUUGGACUUGUAUAUUCUCUGAUGAACUAUAAAACAAGACAGUUUACAUACCACCAUGCCAUGCUAUUCUUAAGUGCCAUGUUUCUGCAAGAUUUUCUCUUUUUGUCCCUCAUAAUUUGGACCAUUUUCUACAUGGUCCUUAUCCUUUUCAGAUAUCACAAGGCAAUCCUGCAUAUUCACGGUACCAGCCUCUCUCCACGAUCUUCUGAAAGAAAAGAGACUCAUGUUGUCCGUUUGCUGGUGAGUUGCUUUGUUUUCUUUCAUGGAACUAACUUACGUCUUUCCAUUUAUAUGUGUUCCAAAUAUAAUAAUAAUCUGAUGAUGGAGAACAUCUUUAAUUUUCUUUCAUCUUCCUACCCAACUAUCUGUGCUUUGAUGUUUAUUAAUUCUGAUAAAAGAAUUUCUAGAUUGACCUGUGCCAUUUCAAAUAUGUCAAUUUCUCACUGCUCACUGCAGACCUUUCUAUUGCAUCAAAGGAAUCCUGAUCAAAAUUUUUUUAACUAUAAGAAAACAUGUUUUUAA